UGAAACCCCAGCUCAUUUCUAAACAAGUCCCCUCCAGCUUGAAUUUUAGUUGGGUUUCUCUGGCCAUAGUUUUCAUUCCCUCCAAGGCGACACACAGGAAACAAAAGGUCACCGCAGUACGGAAGUUGCAGCGCAGCUGGUUACGACACCGGCUGCAAGGCGUGCAGGUUGACAAUUACGCUACUGGAAAUUUUGAUACCACAGAAUGAGUUACACUAUAGAGCAAUGAUGUACAUUGCGAGCAUGCGGGAGCAUGUGACGGCCUCUAUAAAGAGACCCAUACUGGCCCAAUGGCAGAGUAGAUCCACAGAGCAGGGGCAGCCAGUGCAGGAUGGGUUGUCCGGUGUGUUGGCUCAGUUACCUGAUAGUGCUUUUUCUCUGCGGUUUCUGUUCAGAGGCACAUCCAUCCGAGAUUCAUGAAAAGCCAGCCGCCCAGAUGAAAGUCUUCAAGUACCGCCUUUGGGAUGUGGCCCAGAAGUCUCUCUACCUGCGGAACAAUCAGCUGGUCGCUGGCUAUUUGCAAGGGCCCAACUCUGCGCUGGAAGAGAAAAUUUGCUGGGUCCCCAACCGCUCCUUCGAGCGGGAGAAGUUCCCCAUCAUCCUGGGCGUCCAGGACGGGCGCCGCAGCCUGGCAUGUGGGACGGGCGCCCUGCCCGCGCUGCAGCUGGAGGACGUGAACAUCACGGAGCUGUCCCGGGGCGGUGAGGAAACCACCCGCUUCACCUUCUUCCGCUCCUACAAGGACGGCAUGUGGCGCUUCGAGUCGGCUGCCAACCCAGGCUGGCUGCUCUGCACCUCCGCCCAGUCCAACGAGCCCCUGGGCCUCACCACCAGCCCGGAUGCUGCCCAUAUCGUUGACUUCUACUUCCAGCUGUGCUGAGCCCAGCCGCCCGGGAUGUGUGCCCCGGCCCAGCCUCCCCCAGGCUGUGUAGGAGGAGACCAGCUGGGUCGGGAAGGGCUGCAUGACCUCUCCCUGACCCAGCCGCAACCUGCUGGGGCGCAGGAGACAGAGCCAUGUCCCUAGGACUCCUGAGUCCCAGCAGGAGGGCACCGGGGCCUGAUCCUGCCAGGAACUGCGCCCCCUCCCGGUGGGGGUGUUUCAGGGCACCCAGCCCCUUGUAGAGCCAGGCCGUGCGCUUCAGCCAACGUGCCCCAAAGGGGGGCCCGAUCCUGGGGGCCCCUCUCCAGAGCCGUGGAGCCUUUCCAAAGGGGUCUGCAGGCGUCCAGUGGCAAGAUGGCCCAGCGGUUCGAGCACUAGCCGGGGACUUGGAAAACCCUGCUCUGCCAGACUCCCUUGGGCAGGUCCCGGAGCCACUCCGUGCCUUAAUUUCCCCCCCUGUACAAUGGGGACACCAGCCCUGCCCCCUGGGGUGUGUGAGGGUAACUCCAUAGGUGGGGAGGGAUUUCUCAGUGGUUUGAGCAUUGGCCUGCUAAACCCAGGGUGGUGAGUUCAAUCCUUGGGGGGGCCAUUUAGGGAUCUGGGGCAAAAAUUGGGGAUUGGUCCUGCUUUGAGCAGGGGGUUGGACUAGAUGACGUCCUGACGUCCCUUUCAACCCUGGUAGUCUAUGAUUCUAUGAUUCAUUAGCCGCAGGCUCUGGUGCUGGGGGCCUGACAGGGCUCAUGGACAGGAAUCCCAGAGCAUGCGGGUGUCUGGCCGUGGGCCCGACAGAGCUGCAGCAGGAUGUUGCCAUGGCAGCACUGUUCCGGCUGGGCUCAGUGUCUCCCAGCGGUUCUGCUCUGCAUGGCUGCGGAAGGGCCGGCUGCCCUGGAAGGGGAUCUGGAUGCGCGCCCUCGCUGUGUGACUAGCUCGUCCCACUGGAGAGCUCUGGCCCCAUGGAUCCCCCCAACCCCAGCCUGGCUUUGAAUAAACGUAGAAAGUAGCUACCCA